ACGCAGAAGAGGUGUAUUGAACAGUGCCAUUGCGACAACGUCAAUAUGUCUACCGUGCUCAGAACACUGCGGAACCUCCGCCGAGCAGGCAUCAAGGAUGCCCUCCAUCAAAUGCAGCACAUCGGCGACACCAAAGCCGGGACGCUAAUCGGCAUUGACAACUUCGGCAACAAAUUCUUCGAGAACAUGGAGGAAGAGCUGCCACUCCGCACCCGCUGGGUCGACUACAAGCAAUACGAGUGGGAUCCGUCCCAAAUCGAGCCCGGAUGGCACGCCUGGAUCUCCUACGCGGUCGACAAGCCACCGACCCAGGACAAGAUCCUGCAGACGAUGCAGCGUCCAUGGGAGCUGCGCGAGCACCGCAUGAACCCCACCCAGUCGAGGGGCGCGUAUAAGCCGUAUAACACUGUUAUCCCGAAGAUAUCGGCGUGGGAGCCGAAGGUUGUUGCGCGCUAGAUUGUAGGUGGGAAAGAUGUGGGCGGUGAGGGGGAGAUGUAUAUAUUGAGAUAGAUUGGAGUGGAAUGGAAUGAUGGAAGUUAAUGAGGUGUGCUGAAUUUGCAUGUGAUGUGAAAUUUGUGCCGGGUUGUCUUAAGAGGGUGCUGAAUUGCACCCGGAUUGGAUGGAGCAGACUGGGGGAGAAGACUAUGGACUGAUGAGACUUGGGUUACAGGUGGGAAAUACACUCGCAUUGUGCUGGUAUGUUGUCUAAGAUGGUGCGGGUUUGCAUCGGAUUGGACGGGGUAGACUGGGGGGAUUGGGAUUAUGGUCAGACGAAGCACACCUGCACUUGACUUACUCGAAAAGCAGGAGAAUAUUCGGAAUGGACACUGUCUUGUAGGAAUGAUAAGACGCAAACAGAGGUCCCAUUCUUCUUCCCCGACAAAGGCCACCAAGCAAAAGCGGCUCCUGGAUAUUUAGAAAGAAGAGACACGUAUCCUACGUUUUAGCCUGCAUCUU